UUGGACAAAAAGAUGAAAAUGGUGGAAGUUGUGAGGUCCAUAUCGUCGUCGCUGAUGAGAAAUAUACUGAAACCAUUUGAGCGGAACCAUGAAAACAGCAAUCUUAGCUCCUUAUCUAAGGCAUCCAGAACACAAGAACAGCUGCUUACGAUGUCAUCUCCAACCGCAAAGAACACGGACAAAGGGGAGGAAUUCUUCAAUAAAACGGAAGCGUCACCAACGAACACAAGCACAUCAGCUAAGCCAGAGAAGUCCCUCAGGAAGUUUACGAAAGCAAGCACUACAACAAAAGAGGAUGAAUCAGAGGUAUUCGAAAGAGUAACUUUGAGCAUGCCGGAUUCGUGGUCAACUUCGCCAAAGCCAAAGCAAUUAAAAGAUGCUAUUUCCAAAAAGAUUAUUGUUGAACGAAAUGAAGAUGAUUCCGAUGCUGCGGACACCUCCAUUAUUGAAGCGAUUACCUAUCAAGAAAAUUCCGCCAUUUCCGACGAAGACGGAAGACCUCACACUAGAUGA